GCAACUUCAGUCACUGAUAUACCGAAACAGAGAAUGAGGUUGCAAUUCUCGGGUCUCGGUGACGAAAAUUGAAACGCUGAGCAAAUACAAGGUAACAACACAUCAUGGAGAAGAGAAUAUUACGUAUCUGCAAAAUAGUCCCGACUUCAGACAGUUAUACUAAUGAUAUAUUCCGCCCUGAGUUCUUUCUAUAUGCGUGCCUGGGGUACCUCUUGCUUUCAAUUCCUUUAUGCUCGGGUGCGGAUAAUCUAACUCCAGGCAAAGAGAUCAUUGAUGAGCGAGAAGGAGCUCUAGUGUCUGCUGGUGGACUAUUUCAACUUGGGUUCUUCAGCCCAGGAAUCUCUGCUUCCAAACGAUACAUUGGUAUAUGGUAUUACAAAGUUUCCCCACAGACAGUUGUUUGGGUUGCGAACCGAGACAAUCCCUUUUUUGACAGGGGUGGGGUUCUCCGACUGGAAAAGGAUGGGAAUCUUGUUAUAUCAUCUGCAUUCAAUGGAUCGAUGAGGCUGACGAAUCUUGAAAGCAAGAGAAGUUUCAACGGGACUGCUCAGCUGUUGGAUUCGGGAAACUUUGUUCUAAGUGAAGUAUCUCCAAAUGGAAGCGUGAGAGUUCUGUGGCAGAGCUUCAAAAACCCGACCGAUACACUGCUUCCAGGAAUGCUAAUUGGAGAAGACGUUAAGUUGACUUCAUGGAAAGGGCCUGAUGACCCUGCGCCAGGGAAUUUUACCUUCCAGGAAGAUCGAGAUCAACAAAACCAGUUCAUCAUUUGGAAGAAGUCCUAUGCCUACCCAUACUGGAAGACUGGAGUAUUUGGAAGUUCCUUUCCUGAUGACAUGCCUUCCUUUGUAUCUGUUUUGUUAUCAAAUCUUACCAUGCAGAUGUUAAGCAGCAAGUUUCCGGUACCGGCAAUGUCGACAGCUACAAGUUUGCAUGGCAUUAGGCUUGUGAUAAGUUAUGAUGGGGAAAUACAAUACUUCUCGCACCCGGGGAGUUUGCGCAGCUGGUUUGAGCCAAAAGACCAAUGCCGAGUAUUCAAUGCUUGUGGAAAUUUUGCUAGCUGCAACUCUGAAAAUAAGUGCAUGUGCCGAUGCCUGCCUGGUUUUGAGCCUCAGCUACCGGAAAAAUGGAAUUCGGGUGAUUUCUCUGGGGGCUGCAUAAGAAAAUCCCAAAUCUGUGCUGGCAAGAAUGAUACGAGCAAGAGCAACUUCCUCAGUUUAAAGAUGAUGAGAGUUAGAAAACCGGAUGGAGCAGGUGAGGGAAGCAAUGAGGACCAAUGCAGGAGUGAAUGCGCCGGAAAUUGCUCAUGCCAAGCAUAUGCUUUUACCAGUUUGGAAAGAGAUCCGACUCGGGGCAAGUGCUGGCUUUGGUUGGGGAUUCUAAGCAAUAUUCAGGAGUACACAGAGGAUGGUCGUGACCUGUAUGCCCGACUGGCGCUUUCAAAUACAGAGUUGAAAAGAACGUGCGAAACUUGUGGCGCUAAUAUUAUUCCUUAUCCCCUAAGCACUGGAAAGAAUUGUGGCGAUCCCAGCUACUCAGGGUUCAGCUGUGAUAACUCGACAGGUCAGGUCUAUUUUGAGUCAGAUCUAAGCCCGUAUAGAUUAACUGAUAUUGAUCCUACAGCUCAAAGAUUCAACAUCCAAGCAAAGGAUCCAUCUGAUUGUACAUUGAAAGACGAGUACUUAAUUAAGAAUAUUCUGGAGCUCGACCAGUCCUCUCCCUUUAACUUGAUCAGUAACUGCAAUUAUUCACAAGAUGAACGGUUUAAGGAGAUAGAAAUCGGAUGGAAGCCACCAGCAGAGCCAAACUGCGAUUCAUCCAAGGACUGCCUUGACUGGCCGAAUACAAUUUGCAAUGAAACUGGUGGAGGGAAAAGUUGCCUCUGUAAACAACAUUUCAAAUGGAAUGCAUCAACUAUCAAAUGCGUCCCUGCAAAAAAGGAAAGCAUUCCAGAGAACCUAGCAUUCCGUUUGUAUGACAGCGAGAGACGGGUCAAAGAAUGGUUGAAAUCAGGCCAGUUCGGAGAGGAUGAGAAGAAAGGCAUUCAUGUUCCUUUUUUUGAUAUGGAGAUUAUCGUAGAAGCUACAAAUAACUUCUCAGAUGAAAAUAAGCUCGGACAAGGUGGGUUUGGACCUGUUUACAAGGGUAAAUUUCCAGGAGGGCAAGAGAUUGCUAUAAAGAGGCUUUUAAGUAGCUCAGGACAAGGCUUUGAGGAAUUCAGGAAUGAGGUUAUACUGAUAGCCCGGCUUCAGCAUCGGAAUCUUGUUAGACUAUUAGGUUAUUGCAUCGAAGGAGAUGAAAAAAUAUUGCUGUAUGAGUACAUGCCCAACAAGAGCUUAGACUCGUUCAUAUUUGAUCGAACAAGACGUGCCUUGCUUACCUGGGAGAUACGUAUGGAGAUUAUCCUGGGAAUCGCACGAGGGAUGCUGUAUCUUCACCAUGACUCUAGGCUGAGAAUAAUUCACAGGGAUUUGAAAACGAGCAAUGUCCUGCUAGAUGAGGAGACGAACCCGAAAAUAUCAGACUUUGGCUUGGCACGUAUAUUUGAAGGCAAGCAAACUGAAGCAAGCACAAACAGAGUGAUCGGAACAUACGGCUACAUGUCACCUGAGUAUGCAUUAGAUGGAUUUUUCUCAAUCAAGUCCGAUGUCUUCAGCUUUGGAGUUGUCGUUCUUGAGAUUAUAAGUGGGAAACGGAACACGGGCUUCUAUCAGUCAGAAAGAACAUUUAACCUUCUCAGUUAUGCAUGGAGGUUGUGGAAUGAAAAUAAUGCAAACGACUUGAUAGAUCGAGUAUUUCAUGAAACUUGCAACAGAACCAAGGCUCUGAAGUGCAUAAAUGUGGCACUUUUGUGCGUGCAGGAUGAUCCAAGUGAUCGUCCCACCAUGUUGGAUACUGUCGCGAUGCUCAGCAAUGCCAAUGCGAAUCUUCAUGCGCCUAAACAACCGGUCUUCUUCUCAAGAAGCAGUCUUUUGAAUGGAGCUUCCUCUUCGAGUAAACUAGAAUCGAACAAUGAGAUAUCAGUCAGUCUAGAGGAAGGCCGGUAAUAUCAAUACCUGCACUCUCAUUUUCCACAGAAAUAUUUGAUUAAAACAUAUUCACUCUCAAGGUUUAGAUCCUCUUAUUGGUAACUUUUACGGGUGGUUGUAUCUUUGAUAUGCUGCUCAACAAAUAUUCCGUAAGAUUCAGUCAUCAGGGUUCUGUAAACUAAGUUGAAACU